GGCGUAGCGCACUAUGUCUUGAUCCCUCUUGUAGGGAAUUAGGGUCCCCGCAGGGCUAUAUAACUCCCAUUUUCAAUCAAACCCCCACCAAAACCACAACCUGCUUUUAAUCAAGGUCACCACGUCACCCCUGGUUCGCGAUAUUACUGCUACCAUCUUUUGUUCCAAUCUUUUCUGCUCUUCUGGUUUCUAUGGUAAAACGAGAUGGCUUCACCGCUUCACCGCCAUCAGUCGUCCCUCGAAGGCGUUAUUAAUUUCUCUGCAGAGCCGCCCUUAGAGGCAGCCCAGCGCAUCGUUGCCAAGCGCAGGUUCUAUCGCAUCAUCGAGCAUUUCGAGACCAGCAGUAACAAUAGCGACGGCAGUCCGUAUAAGCGCCCUCAACUCGUCCGAUUCACCUACGAAUAUGCGCUGUCCGAAGAAUCCCGCGAUAACCUGUUGCGGGCCUUUUUCCGAGCCAUGGCACUCUCCAUGGGCGACGACAAUCAAAGUAUCGAUUUCGAGGAGCUACGCCUGGUAUUUUUUGACUUCGCGGACUAUCUUCUGGAUAACUUCUUUCUGCCCUUGAAAGCCUCUACCAAAAAGACGCCGCAGCCCACCCCGACCUUCCGAUCCGCAUUCGGGGACGUACAAGGGGCGGCGGCUUUCGUAGGAACACCAGCUCGAGUAUCAGCGCUGCGGGGUGAUUGUCUUGUGCGCGACCGCCAUCGUUGCGUGAUAUCACAAAAGUUUGACCAGCGUGAAGCAAUCAGCCGCCUCGGUCGUGAUGGUGAUGACGCUCAAGAUGAUGACGGGACUUUGCUAAUGGAAGAUCUGAAGCCAUUUGAUGCCCUAGAGGUAGCUCAUAUUCUUCCACAUUCCUUAACAAAGGCCAACGCAAGCUCCCAACUGGUAUAUCUCGUUGCCCUACAAAUAUACUCUUAAGCUAAAACUCUUUUAGGAUCCAUCCCAACAAGCCGCGCUUGCGGUUCUCAACAUGUUUGAUACUGGACUUGCACAUCUCAUUGAAGGCGUCGAGAUUGACCGGCCACGCAACGCUAUCACUCUCACUCACGGUCUCCAUGAUCUUUUUGGCGACUUCAAGAUCUUCUUUGAACCG